CGCUGUUACGUCAAGCCUCCGCCUCAGUCAGUUCUGGUUUCGCCUCCACAGUCACAGAGAACAUGGCGGCGCUCAGAGCAGUCGUGCUAGCGGGGAGUGGGAGAGCUCUGCUCGGCACUCCCAAGGCGAUUCGAACCCCCAAGGCUAACAUGUCCUUCGCCAGCCUACCGAAGAGCAAGAAGGUUGCCCUGACGACACUGGGUGUGGUAACAGCGGGAGGGGCGGGGCUAGCCACGAUGCUGCACCAGUCGGUGAAGGCGUCGGACCUGGAGCUCCACCCCCCUAACUACCCCUGGACCCACGGCGGCCCCCUCUCCUCCCUGGACCACGCCAGCGUACGGCGGGGCUACCAGGUGUACAAGCAGGUGUGCUCGGCCUGUCACAGCAUGGAGUACCUGGCCUUCAGGAACCUGGUGGACGUCUCCCACACAGAGGCCGAGGUCAAGGUCAUCGCAGAGGAGUGCGAGGUGGUGGAUGGUCCAGAUGAGAGUGGAGAGAUGUUCACGCGUCCAGGGAAGCUGUCCGACUACUUCCCCAAGCCCUACUCCAACCCAGAGGCCGCGCGCGCCGCCAACAACGGAGCCCUCCCCCCCGACCUCAGCUACAUCGUCAACGCCAGGCAUGGGGGUGAGGACUACGUGUUCAGCCUGCUGACGGGGUACUGUGAGCCCCCCGGUGGGGUGCAGAUGAAGGAGGGGCUCUACUACAACCCCUACUUCCCCGGCCAGGCCAUCGGCAUGGCCCCGCCCAUCUACAACGAGGUGCUGGAGUUCGAGGACGGAACGCCCGCCACCAUGAGCCAGGUGGCGAAGGACGUGUGUACCUUCCUGAGGUGGGCCGCGGAGCCAGAGCACGACCAACGCAAGCGCAUGGGUCUCAAGCUGCUGAUGGGUUCAGCCAUCCUCAUCCCUCUACUGUACUACCUGAAGAGACACCGGUGGUCCGUGAUGAAAAGCAGGAAGAUCGCGUACCGGCCGCCCAGCAAGUAAAGGACCCCCGGCCCCGGCCGCACAGGCCCCCACAGGGCUGCGUCCAGCAACUCCGCAACGCUUCUCACUACACGUUUCCCACGGACACAGAUCGCCACGCUGCGGGGGGGCCGUCUGUCAGUGUCUGGCCCGGGGGGGGCGACCGCUUCCUGUUGGUGUGGGACAUUUCAAGGUUUUCUGGAAGAGUCGCGGCGUUCCUGAACGCGCCUGUGAUGGCGUGUUUGUCCGAUCAUUGUUUCAAACCGCCAUCGUAGGAGUUAGGAGUUGGUCCGUCUUCAUAAGAUACGACAGGCGGCUUCCAUCCGUCGUCCACAUUCUGAGUGCGUCAAAUCUAUUGUUUUCUUGUUCACUUGACGAAGAGGAGUCACGGUGGGAAAUAUUGCAGCCUCUCUUAACCUCAGUUAUACUGUACAAAAUAAAUUAUCUGAAAGGAA